AUGAUUCCAAAUUACACAAACUGGAUAUGGCAUGGGGAAUUGCCAGACAAUCCAACAUUGUCUCACACUGAGGCAAUCGAUGUAGAUAUGGGUUGUCGUAUAGAAGAAAUGAUUCGCGACCUUGGGCAGGAUGGUUUUCGGCAAGCACAUGCUCCUUUGUAUGACAAAAUAGAGAAUGAUUCAAAGACUCCUGUGUAUUCUGGGUGCACAACAUUCACAAGGUUGUCUGCAGUCUUAGCUUUGGUCAACUUGAAGGCACGAUUUGGCUGGAGUGACAAGAGCUUUACUGAAUUGCUAGUGUUAUUGAAAAAGUUGCUUCCUGAAGAUAACACGUUGCCAAAGAGUCAAUACGAGGCGAAGAAGAUCUUAUGUCCAGUGGGAAUGGAGUACCAGAAAAUCCAUGCAUGCCCAAAUGAUUGCAUAUUGUAUAGAAAUGAGUAUGCAAAAAUGCGCACAUGCCCAACAUGUGGUGUAUCCCGCUACAAGGUCAACAACCAUGAAGAGAGUGAUGUUGCAACCGCAGAGAACAGUCAUCCAACAAAGGUUUGUUGGUAUCUUCCAAUAAUACCAAGGUUUAGGCGAUUGUUUGCUAAUAGAUAUGAUGCAAAACAGUUGAUGUGGCAUGUUGAAGGCAGAAAAAUUGAUGGAUUGCUCCGACAUCCGGUUGAUAGUCUGCAAUGGAAGGCAUUCGAUGCUUUGUAUCCUGAUUUUGGGAAUGAGACCAGAAAUCUAAGGCUUGGUCUUGCCUUCGAUGGAAUGAACCCUUUUGGUAACUUAAGCACCAGUCAUAGUUCAUGGCCUGUUUUGCUGAUGAUUUAUAACCUUCCUCCUUGGUUGUGCAUGAAACGGAAGUACAUAAUGCUUUGCAUGAUGAUAGCAGGACCAAGACAGCCCGGUAAUGAUAUUAACGUGUAUCUAACUCCAUUGAUUGAAGACCUACGGACAAUGUGGGAACACGGGGUAGAUGUUUGGGAUGAGAAUUUGCAGGAGACCUUUAGGUUGCGUGCAAUGGUUUUAUGUACCAUAAAUGACUUUCCAGCAUAUGGAAAUUUAAGUGGUUACAGUGUGAAAGGCCAUCACGCAUGUCCUAUUUGUGAGAAAAAUACAAGUUUCGUCCAACUAAAACAUAGAAAGAAAACAAUAUACACAAGGCAUCGAAGAUUUCUGAACCAGUUCCGUCCAUAUCGACGAUUAAAGAAAGCUUUCAAUGGAUCUCAAGAAAAUGAAAGUGCGCCAAAACCGUUAAAUGGUAAAGAAGUACAUGAUUGUGUGAACGACAUCAUAACUAUCUUUGGGAAGACACAAAAGAAAACCAAUAGUGAGACAAACAUCUAG